UCGCGCACCAAUGUCACCUUUAGCCUCUCAGGGGGAAGUUGGUUCUCUAGCGGUGUCGGGUCCUGUCAGGGGGAACUACAACUCCCAGCGUGCCCCGCGGCGAGGGCGCGACUACAACUCCCAGCGUGCCCCGCGAGGUGCGACUACAACUCCCAGUGUGCCUCGCGCCACUGCCGGUUGCCGGCGGGAGCGGCAGCCCUGGCCGAGGGGGUCCCGCCGAGCGCGGGCCGCAGCCCGCCCCGCCAGCCGCCCCCACCGCCGCGGCCUCUGCCGAGGAGGGCCUCCGGUGGCGGCCGGCGGAGCGGAGCUGCCGGCUUCAAGUCCCCGGUCCCAUCUCCAAGGUCCUGCCAACCUAAUGGAGCCAAUGAAGAAGCCCUGCGGUGUGAAAUUGAAGAACUGAAACAGAAAGACCUUGCUCUAGACCAGGAAAUCACACAAUUAUUGUCCGAAGGCUACAGCGUGGAGGAACUGGAGAAGCACAUCUCUCUGCUCCAUGAGUAUAAUGAUAUUAAAGAUGCUGGACAGAUGCUGUUAGGCAAGCUGGCUGUUAUCCGAGGGGUUACUACAAAGCAGCUCUACCCUGAAUAUGAUCUGGAGCUCAGUGACUAGCAGUGAACCUGAGAACUGCCGCAUCCUGCGAAGAUGACUGUUACUGGACUAUUGUAUUUUGAUGUCGUAUCAGUUUAGAACUGAUAGGGUGGCGUCAGAAGUAUGUAUGUAGAAUUGCAACAGCAUAUGGGUUAACAGUCUUAUUUCCAAGAUGCUUUUGAACUUGAAAGUCGUUGAAUCUAUCAGCUGUUUCCUGCUUGUGGGAAAGGGAUGUAAGACUUUCGAUAAUUUCGUCUGCUACCUGAUCAACACUAUUUUUAGUUUCUCUUUUGGAAAGGCUGUAAUUCAGGUUGAUGUUAAGACUCUUCUCAUGAAGCCUUUGCUUCCCUUCAACAUCCAGGGGCUAUUUGGAUACUGAAUGGAUAGAGGAUGGGAGGGCAUACAAAUAUGCAAUGUAAUUAAUAGCUGCUUUGAAAGAAAAAACCCUCAGAAGUAGGGAUGGAAGAAGGCUGAAGUCGUGGUCAUUUGGGGGUUUUGUUCUGGUUUGUGAUCAAAUCUGGUUAAGUCUGGGUGGUUUACAUUUUUGUACUUAACUGCUCUGGUAUCUGGAGGUUUUGUAUCAUUUCUGUAGUAAAUGGCAAAAUGUGAAGUUGUGUUGAACUGUGUGGUCUGAAUAAAGCAGCUAUCACAUUUCUCAGUAA